CCAGAAUUCCAUACAGGAAGAUCACACCAUCUCACAAAGAGGUGUAAACCAGAACGAUUGUAAUAAUGCUGUUAAAGAAGAGAUAAAGGAGGAGGAUGAGGAGGUGAAUGUUAUGGGGGAGUUUUCAAAAGGACCUUUUCAAGGCCGUUGUGAUGGAGCCAUUCAGUGACACAAACCCACCAGAGAGAUGUCCCCGUCCUCUGUAUUCCCCGGAUUCCACACAGGAAGGUCACACCAUCCCUCACCAUCAUCAGGAUAAAUUAGGAAAAGACAUAAAACUUGAGGUUAAAAAGGAAGAAGAAGAGACGUUGGUGAGUGGAGAUCAGCAGUCUAUGGAGGAGGUGACCAUGAAAAGUGACCAGGAGGAAUCUUCUCUUUAUAUCAACAGAAGAGGACACUAUGUCCUGAAUAACGUAUCUUCAGAAUAUAAAGAAGAGGAAAAUCCCACCACACAACGUUCUUCAGAAGAAAAUCCCACCACACAACGUUCUCCAGGAGAAAAUUCCACCACACAACGUUCUCCAGGAGAAAAUCCCACCACACAAUGUUCUCCAGAUGAAAAUCCCACCACACAACGUUCUCCAGGAGUGAAUCGCAUUACACAAAUAAUACAUCAUAGAACUUAUCAUAUAGAGAGAUCCUGGGAUUUCUCUGAUCCUGAGGAUUCUUCUGAUGAUCCACAUACUAUUAUUUUUGAAUCUCACAGUACAGAUAAAUCAACAGAUCCAUCUAAUCCCGAGGAAUCUUCCUUGAACCAUGAAGGAUCUCACACAGGAGAACAUUCCUUGUCAUCUACAGUGUGUGGGAAUUCUUCCUAUGAAACCAGAGAGCCUCUUACACACCAGAAAAGUCAUAAGAGUGUGCGUACUUUCUCAUGUCCAGAGUGUGGGAGAUGUUUUAAUGUGAAAAGAAACUUUCUCAGUCACCAGAGAGUUCACACAGGCGAGCGUCCUUUCCCAUGUUCAGAGUGCGGCAAACGUUUUACCGACAAAGGAAACCUUCUUAAACACUACAGAAUUCACACGGGUGAGCGUCCCUUUUCAUGUUCAGAGUGCGGGAAAUGUUUUAUUCAGAAAGUAGAACUUGUUAAUCACCAGAGAAUUCACACGGGUGAGCGUCCGUUCUCGUGUUCGCACUGUGGUAAAGGUUUCACUCAGAAAGGAAACCUUCUAUUACAUCAGAGAACUCACACAGGUGAGCGUCCUCUUUCAUGCUCAGAGUGCGGCAAAGGUUUCAUUCAGAAAAGAGACCUUGUUGUUCACCAAAGAAGUCACACGGGAGAAUGUCCUUUUUCAUGUUCAGAGUGCGGGAAAUCUUUCCCUCAGAAAAGACAACUUGUUUUCCACCAAAGAAUUCACAAGAGCGAGCGUCCUUAUUCUUGUUCAGAGUGCGGGAAAAGUUUUAAUCAGAAAGGAAAUCUUGUUAUUCACCAGAGAAUUCACACCGGUGAGCGUCCUUUUUCAUGUUCAGAGUGCGGGAAAUGUUUCCGCGAGAAAGGAAAUCUUGUUAAUCACCAGAGAAUUCACACAGGCAAACGUCCAUAUUCGUGUUCAGAGUGCGGGAAAACUUUUGUUCGGAAAGGUGAACUUAAUAAUCACCAGAGAAUUCACACCGGCGAGCAUCCUUUUACAUGUUCAGAGUGCGGGAAAUGUUUCCAUGAAAAAGGAAAUCUUGUUACUCACCAGAGAAUUCACACAGGCAAACGUCCAUAUUCGUGUUCAGAGUGCGGGAAAACUUUUGUUCGGAAAGGCGAACUUAAUAAUCACCAGAGAAUUCACACCGGCGAGCGUCCUUUUUCAUGUUCAGAGUGCGGGAAAUGUUUCAACGAAAAAGGAAACCUUCUUAAACACCAGAGAAUUCACACAGGCAAACGUCCAUAUUCGUGUUCAGAGUGCGGGAAAUGCUUCAGUUACAAAAGUGCCCUUGAUCGACACCAUGGAAUUCACAUGGACUAACCACCUUUUUUAUGUUUAGACGGACCAAUGGGGAGUGUGAGAUACUGUGUGUCCUUCUUUAUAGUCAAAAUGUAUAAAAUGUUUCUGUUAAAGAAAAUCACUUAUUGGAUCCCAGAAUAUUCAUAAAGACUAAUAAAGUUUUUGUGUUCAUAUUGGCUUA